AUGCGGUCUGACAAGCCUCGGUACAUCUUCGCGGUCUUCCUGCUGAGCGGGCUCUCGGCGCUGCUGCUCCUCCUGCUCGGGCAACCUCCCCCGGCGUCAAAACAGACGCCGCCGCCUCGGCUACCCCGGCUUCCACGGCUCCGGGAGAGCGAUUUCCUCCGCCGUGCGUGUGGGGCUCUGGCCCGGGGCCAGAAGACCUUCGUGUGGGGAAACCAUCUCCGGACGUCCUUCGACAGAGCCGCCUCCUGCGAAGAUUACGUGGCGGGGAGCCACUAUGUGACGAGGCCCGUCUCCGCCGAAGAGGCGGCUUUCCCCUUGGCCUACAUCUUCACCCUCCACAAAGAGCUGGCGACCUUCGAGCGGCUCUUCAGGGCGAUUUACGCCCCCCACAACGUUUACUGCAUCCACGUGGAUGAGAAAGUGCCCACCAGGUACAAGCAAGAUGUGGAGAGAGUGUUGGAAUGCUUCCCCAACGCCUUCCUGGUCUCCAAAGCCGAGCCGGUGGUCUAUGCCGGCAUCUCCAGGCUUCAGGCUGACUUGAACUGCAUGAAGGACCUGCUGCGAUCCCCCACCCGCUGGAAGUACGUCCUCAACAUGUGUGGGCAAGAUUUCCCACUGAAAACGAACAAGGAAAUUGUCCAGCACCUGAAAAAGUUUAAAGGGAAGAACAUCACCCCUGGCAUCCUCCCCCCACCUUCAAUAACUUUAAGGACCAAGUUUGCUUACAAGGAAAACAUAGGCAAGAAAGUUUCCUACAUGAGAAGGACCGAGACCCUAAAAUCGCCACCUCCCCACAACCUCACUAUCUAUUUUGGGUCUGCCUAUAUUGCUCUGACUAGGCCUUUUGUGGCGUUCCUCUUCAAUGACUCCAGGGCCAUUGAUUUGCUGAAAUGGUCCAGAGACACUUACAGUCCCGACGAACACUUUUGGGUAACCCUCAAUCGGAUUCCAGGUGUCCCUGGUGCCAUGCCAAAUGCCACAUGGGAAGGUAACUUGAGAGCUGUGAAAUGGAGUGACGCAGACAAGAAUCAUGGAGGAUGCCAUGGUCAUUAUGUCAGAAGCAUAUGUAUCUAUGGAACUGGUGACUUGCCAUGGCUGCUGAAAUCCCGAAACCUAUUUGCUAACAAAUUUGAACUCAAAACAUAUCCACCUACUGUAGAAUGCCUGGAAUUGAAACUUCGGGAAAGAGCACUGAAUGAGAGCGAAAUACCAGUUGAACCAAGCUGGUACUUUUAAUUUUAAAAAAAUAAACACUUAUUGGGGAAGAAGGAUAAUAAUAAAAACUGCUCCUUUUAGAACAACUGUUUUUGCCUUGACGUGAGGUAUUUUUUGGGGGGAUGUUCAAUAUGGAUCAUCUUUUUUUAAUACGUGAAAAAUCUUUGCAUUUUAACUGACCUAAGGAUUCUGCACCAUCUCUGUAUUUCAUUGAAUUUUAUUCCAAUUUUUUAAAAGGUGGUUCUCAUUUCGGAACAGGAUUCUCCUUGUCUUCCAAUUGCAUAGAUGACUGUUCGCUAACACCCUCAGGAAAUAAAAUAAAAAAUUCUGAAUAAUUAGGUUAAAGAGUGAAUUCGGAUUAUCUUACUAAUUGAUGGUCCAAAUGGAAGGAUUAAGACUUUAAUCACUGAAGAUUCAGAGAUGGAUCUUCUAGCUCAGCUUGCUAUUUGCACACAACCUGAGUUUGCUUCUACCUGUACUUUACUAUUACUACUUGUUUCUGAAUAGGUCAAAUUCUUAGACUCUUACAUUAUCUGCUAAACUUGGAGAAAUGACCUUCUAUACUGUACUACUAUAGACUUAUCCUCUUUAACAACAGAGCAGCCAAGCAGCCAAUGAACCAGGAUAGGACAGAUGAUCUGAAAGACAGACCAAGAAUGUACUGUAUAUAGAAGAGUAAAACAUUCAUUGGAAAAAUGCAUUAAUAUUAGAUCAAUAGUAUGUUUCCACUUUUAUCAAGUUUUGCUUGGCCACUUAAUGAGCCCAGAAAUGAUGUAAAGAAGAGCUUCUAGAAUGUACAGAAAUAAUUUUAGAUGGACCAACAUUUUUUGAUUUAGGAGGCUAUCACUAUCUUCAAAGCAGAAGUGCCAUCAUUAUCUUUUAUACCAUCUGCUAAUCUGAAAGUCAUUUUCAUUAUUCUUUAGAUAACAUUUCUGCACAGAAUUUUAAUUUCCAUCCCAUCUACUAUGGAAAAUGUAAAGAAAGAAAUAGCAAUGUAUGCUAAACGUUUUAGGGUGGAAAAAGAAAAAAAAACCACUCAAAAAUCAACACAGGAAAAAAAAUCUUUGUAUUUUAGACUGAAUGUUGCAAUUCUAUCAUGAAAUACUAUAAAAGAUAUUUAUGGCAAUCAGUAUACUAAUAAAAUACCUAUCUUUGCAGAAGUCCUUUAACCAUUAUAUAAUUUCAUUGUCACUAUUUCUAUUAAAAACUAGCUGUACCCGGCCACGCGUUGCUGUGGCUCAGUCUGGUAAAAGCGUGUGUUGCUUUUACGUCCAACAGAUGGCGCUGUUUUUCAAAAAAAGCAUGUUUUUACCUGUCACAGGUGUGACAU